AUGGCUGCCGCCGCCGCUCCCGACCUUCCCGAGUUUAACGCGAAUCGUGGCGGAUCGGUGCAACUGGCCGGCGAGGCAGACUUCGGGCCCGCCGAAUACCUAACUUGGUAUAUCGAGAGCCUGCUUGGGCGCAUCGCUUAUCUGCAAAGCGAGCUGGCUCGCCGCGAGGAGCGCGAGGAGAAGCUACAAGAGCUUAUCCACGCGUCCGAAGUCGUCAACGAAGAUUACAAGACGCUUUACCUGCGCGCACGCCGCCUCGCCCUGGAGGUCGCGAACGAGGCCGACGUUGCACGGCAGAGUUGUCUAUGUCGGGGUGCCGCGCACGGGCUACUGGAGAUAUGA